AUGGCAGGCGUGCUGCCCGUCGGUGCCGGUAUGGCUUCCACAUCGUACAGCCUUCUUUGCGAUGUGGCUGGUCUGAAGAACAAGAACAAGGCAGACGCUACCAUGAAUGCAACACACUACCAGCAGGCGUCGUUGUCCUUCACUCUCGUCAACACCAACUUUCCAAGCUUCUCGUUCGGCAUCAGCAGCACGGCACAUGCUGUCACGAAUGUCAUUACGAGCGAUCCAUCGCACGGUGUGUUGACAACCGCUUCUGAUAUGCCAGCCAAGGAUACCCUCGGCAAGGUCGAUGCCGCGCUGCAGAAGCAUUUCCGGCAACGGUUGCCGCGGGAGCAGCGUUGGUACGCCGAUAUGGCGUCCAAGAUCAGAAAGGCUCCGUCUGCCAAAGCGGUGCACCAGGGGGCUGGGUGGAUGUGGUGGCGGGGUCCGGCGAUACAGGCACGAGCGGUAGCUUCGGCAAUGGCAAGGGCCCGCGCGAUACUGGAGGCAGUGGAGGAGGCGCUGACGGCGCGACAUGAAGUAGUGAGAAUUCUGACAGUCAGCGAGACGUUGAAGGCAGCAGCCCACGCGCUUCGAAACACGUGCGCAUGGAAACAGUUGCUAGAGCAGAAGCCAUACAUUGCCGAAAGGUUCGUCAAGGAGCAUUACGCCAUAGACGUGGACGGAGAUGCAGCCAACUUCGACAGCAGCAACACCGCGGUGAUCAAGAAGGAGUUGGAACUUGCACUGGCUGAAGUAUCGCGUGCGCGGGUUCUCUGCCGAGGAUCCCAUGUCAUGACUGAGGCGUGGGAUCAGUUGCAGGAGCGUAUCACCAGGCGGGAGAUGGAAGACUUACUGAUGGCCAAGGGCAAGCUCGAAGAUCUCUUGGCCACCGGACCCAUAUCUGGGGCCUUGGCUGAGAAUGGUGUCGGGGUAGCUGAUGAAAUAGACGAUUGGGAAGGGCGAUUGUAUGAAGUGACGGUCAAACUUCUCGACAGCAUCCAGCUUGUGUAUGGCGACUUUUAG